AUGCAAGCCAGCAAACAAAUAGAGCAUGAACUUACGGAAGAACACGACGUGGAUAGCUCGUCUGAAACAGUCGAUGACAACACACCCUGGGAUAUGAACUUGAUACAAUCGUGUAGGACAGACAGUUACAAUGAUAACGAACUUACUAUUCAAGAUGGAUGUCUCUUAAAGGGAGUGCGAGUCAUGAUACCUGUAGCGCUGAGAAAACGGGUAUUAGAUGAGUUACACUCGGGACACCUCGGUAUGGUGAGGAUGAAAUUACUAGCACGAGGCUACGUCUACUGGAAAAAUAUGGACAAGGACUUAGAAGAUAUGGUUAGAAACUGUCGUGAGUGUCGGCUACACCAAAACGAGCCUCCACCGGUUACACUACACCACUGGGAGCCUCCGACAGGCCCGUGGCAGCGACUCCAUAUUGAUUUCGCGGGACCUCUGAAGGGACAGUCAUUGCUUAUAGUUGUCGAUGCUUACACCAAAUGGGUUGAAAUCUUCCCAACCAAAACGACAACCAGCUCUUGGUGUAUCAGAAAAUUACAUGAGAUUUUUCUUACGUUUGGGUUCCCCUUAACACUUGUUUCUGACAAUGGACGUCAGUUCAUUUCAACAGAGUUCGAAAACUACCUUAAAGAAAAAGGAGUAGGACAUAAAACAUCCGCACCGUACCAUCCAGCUACGAAUGGGCAAGCCGAGAAAUAUGUUCAGACCAUUAAAAAGACUCUAAAUUGCAUGAACGCUGAACCAGGUAAUCUGCAUGACAAAAUUCUAGCAGUAAAGGAACGCUUAUUAAGAACCCCGAGUACUACAACCGGCAAGAGCCCAUAUGAACUUAUGUUUAGCAGAACAAUAAGAAACAUGUUGCACGUGCAGUUCGAGACCAGGGGGGAAGAUGUGGGGGCAAGGCCCGAAAGAUCUGAAGAAAACCGCACCGUGCGCUCAUUUACCGUUGGCCAGAGGGUUCAAGCAAGAGAUUAUACUAACGGACGUAAUAAAUGGCAAUUUGGAACUGUAACUAAAACUCUAGGUCGGCUCCAUUACGAGAUAAGGAUGGAUUCUGGAGACACUUGGAAGAGACACAUAGACCAGAUGUUGUGCACCGUAAUACCAAUUCAAGAUGCAGAAGACCGAUCUUAG